AUGAUUGUUAAGAAACAAGAUUUCAUAGAGGUUACCAGUGAAAAGGAUGGAUCUUAUUUGGCUUCUACGAAUAUUGAUGGUAUUCUCGGGUUGGCAUUCCAAGAAUGUUCUGCGACGAAUACAGUCCCCGUUUGGUAUAACAUGAUGAAUCAAGAUCUAGUUCAACAAAAAGUUUUCUCAAUUUGGUUGAAAUAUUCAAACGAACAAGAUCAUGAAGAAGGUGGAGCCAUAGUUUUCGGUGGAUUCGAUAAUGCGCAUUUCAGAGGGGAGCACACGUAUGUCCCUAUCACCUAUGAACAAUUUUGGGAAUUUAAGAUGGAAGAGAUACUCCUAGGAGGAAUAGGAACUGGACUUUGCGUCGAUGGCUGCUCUGCCAUUAUUGACUCGGGCGAAUCAUACGUGUUUGGUCCAACGGAUAUCGUUACGAAUAUAAAUAAAGCUCUUGGGGCGGAUGAAGUAGGAAACGUGGACUGCAAUAAGGUUCCUUCGAUGCCCACAGUUUCACUGACCAUAGGUGGAAGAGUGUUUUCACUCUCCACAAGAGAUUAUAUAAGCAAAGAUAAUAGUGGUGGACGUGAUUGCGCAACCAAAUUCAGGGGCAGUGAUGAUGAUUUCUGGACUUUGGGGUACGUCUUCAUGAGACCGUACCAUACGAUAUUCGACUUCGGUAAUAAGAAGAUCGGGUUUGCUGACGCGGUCCAAGACAACUAA